UCAUUCUUUUAUAUAGAUAUACCUAAAUAGUGUGUAAAUAAGUUUUAUUUUAAUAAAGCCCAAGUGUUUCUUUGGUGAUAAUGUCGAAUCGUGUGACUGGAACAUGCUGUGCAGCUUCAGUAGAGCGCGCGGGUUUGCCUGGAUUACUGCGAGACCUUCAAAAACUGGCUGACGACCAAGAAUCUGCUGAUAUAGUCUUCAUCCUAGGAACAUCGGAAGAAAAAAUGUUCGCGCACAAAAUAAUACUCUAUGCAAGAUGCAAGAGUUUCCAAAAUACUAAACGUGGAGAAGUUUGCCGCAUUCCUGGUUGUACCGUAACGCCAUCUGUUGGCGUCCAGCCGACCCCAAUACGAAUGCCCCACGUGCAACCCGAAACAUUCAGGAUGUUUUUGCAGUAUGUUUAUACGGGCAAGCUAAUGCUACAAGAUUCUGCAGUUUUCGAAAUGAUGACUCUAGCAGCAGAUCUUGGAGUAGAAGAUCUACGGGCGGCAUGUGAGGACCAUGUCACGUCAACGUUGAGUGUAGAGAGUGCUUGCACACUCCUAGCUGCUGCUAUGGAUAUUCAGGAUCGGCCAGGUGGUAAGAGUGCAUCCUCAUUCAUGGAGCGAUGCAUUGCAUUUAUUGGUGACAAUGCAGCUGAGUGUGUCAAGACAAAUGCAUUCCUUAAUUUACCCAAGGAAGCACUAAUAAAACUCAUAUCCUCUGAUUUUCUAUGUCUGGAGGAAGAGGAGGUGUGGCGUUGCGCACUGGCGUGGGCCAAGCAGCGAGCCGGCGUGACGCAGCCCACAGCGCACUGGGCCGAGGAAGAACGCGCGCGGGUGUGCCAUCACCUGGCGCCGCUCAUGCACCACAUCCGGCUGCUACUCAUAGACAGUACCAUAUUCGCUGAGGAGGUGGAGCCGACGGGUGCCGUGCCGAUGGAGCUGUCCCUGGAGCGGUACCGGCGCGCCGCCUUACACGCGCGUCCCGACCCGCGACCGGAGCCCCGGCCAGAACCCAGGUCCGACCCGCGACCUGACGCAAGAAAUGACCAGGACAAGCGCACACAACCUCGUUUGGCUGUAAACAUGUUCCCGGGCUCUCUAAUACUCACACAAGACAAGAGCGCCUUCCAGUCCGUCAUUAAUACUUGGGUUGGCAGUCCACGUCAGAGCUGGCGCUUGGUCUUCCGCGCCUCCACGCACGGCUUCUCGGCGCAGGCUUUCCACUCGCACUGCGACAACGUGGCGCCCGUCUUGCUCCUGGUGCAGUUGUCCCGCGGUGAGGUUCUGGGCGGGUACUGCGAGGUGGGCUGGUCGCAAAGCAACACCGUGGGCGGGUACAUCCCAGCUGAGCACGCCUUCCUCUUCACUAUGGAACCACCCGCGCUCCAUACGCUCACCAAGCGCCCCUUCGCGCUUUGCUACCAUCCUGAUUGUGGACCCAUCUUCGGCGCGGGGGCCGACCUGCUGCUGGCCAGCGAGUGCAACAGCAAUGCGGACAGCUACAGCAAUUUACACUCGUACGGCGCGCCCGACGUGCCUGCGCUACCGGCCUCGCUUGCUCCUGACUACGCCUUCACUGUGCGUGACUACGAGCUGUACACCACCGCCGCCUGACGCACUCACCAUCAUUACCAACGUCAAAUAUUACUUUCUAAUUAUGAAUGUAUGUUUAACCAACACAUCCCGAAGUUCGACGAAAACCUGGCACUGGGAUAUCCCGCUCUUUUUACAUAUAAUAUCUCAGUAAUUUUGUCUUCAUUUUACAAGAUGACAUCUCUGAAAUUCUAUCUUCAUUUUACAAAAUGACAACUCCGCAUUUCUAACUUCAUUUUACAAAUUGACAUUUCUGAAAUUUUAAUUUCAUGCCACACAAUGACAAAUGUAUUUGUAGCUUUAUAUUACAAAAUGACAUAUCUGUUACUUUGUUUAAUUUAAAUUCAUUUUACAAGAUGACACCUCUGAAAUUCUAGCUUCAUUUUAUAAUAUGACAAAUGUAAUUCGAGAUUUAUUUUAUAAAAUGAUAAAUGUUAUUCUAGUAUUAUUUUACAAAAUGCCAAAUUUUAUUCUUACUUCAUUUUUCAACAUGACACCACUUACAUUCUUGCUUACUUUUACUGAUUGCGAACUUUAAUUCUACCUUUAUUUUACAAAAUGAUAAGUCUAAAAUUCUACUACUUCUAAUUCUGUAGUUCAGUUUUAUUUUAUAAAAUGAUACCAUUUUAAUACUAGGUUCAUUUUACUUAUUGACAACUGUAAUGUAAUGACUAAAUGUAAUGUCAGAUGAUUUAUAAGCUUUAUUUUACAAAAUGACAUAUGUAAUACUAGCUACAUUUUACAAAAUGACACCACUUAAAUUCUUGCUUCAUUUUACUGAUCGACAACUUUAUUCUUAGCUUCAUUUUACACAAUGACAACUCUGUGUAAUUAAGUAGCAUUUUACAAUAUGGCUAUUUUAAUUCUAGCUUCAUUUUACAAAAUGACAACACUGCAAUUCUAAUUUCAUUUUACAAAAUGACAACUCUAUAGUUCUAGCUUCAUUUUAUAGAAUGACACCACUUAAAUACUAGCUUCAUUUUACUGAUUGACAUCUUUAAUAUUACCUUAAUUUUACAAAAUGAUAAGCCUGUAGUUUUAGCUUCAUUUGGCUGAUUGAUAACUCUUAUAUAUAAGAGUUUUAUAUUCUUCUACUGAUUGAGAAUAUUAAUUCUUGCUUCAUUUUACACAAUGACAAAUCUAAUUAAGCUGCAUUUUACAAUAUGGCUGCUUUCAUUUUAUGUAACUGAAAAUUCUCAUUAAAGAUUUAUUUUACAAAAUAACAUCAUUUAAAUUCUUGCUUAAUUUUACUGAUUGACAGCAUAAUUCCACUUAAUAUCACAAAAUGAUAAGUCUGUAGUUUUAUCUUAAUUUUGCAAAAAAACAACUCUGUAAUUCAAGCUGUAUUUCACAAAAUGGCUUUUAAAUAAAGCUUCAUUUUACAUAGUGACAAAACUUUAAAUCUAGCUUCAUUUAAAAAAUUAGAACUCUGCAAUUCUAGGUUAUUUUUACAAAAUGAGAACAGUGUAUUUCUUAGCUUAUUUGAAAUAUGACAACUCUGUAAUAUUCUAACCUAAUUUUACUUUUUAAUUAUUGACAACUGUUAUUCUAGCAUCAUUUUCAAACGACCACUAAUUCAAGCUUCAUUUUACAAAAUGAUGAACAGGGAAUUCUUACUUCAUUUUACAAAAUGAUAUCAGUUUAAUACUUGCUUCAUUUUACUAAUUGUGAUUCAACAUGCAACUGUAAUUCUAGCUCUAUAUUGUAAAAUGACAAAUGAUAGUUUAGCUUUAGUUUGCAAAAUGACAUAUGUAAUACUAGCUUCAAUUUACAAAAUGAUGAAUAUUAUUCUAGGUUCAUUUUACAAAAUGACACCACUUAAAUUUUUGCUUCAUUUUACUGAUUGACAACUUUAAUUCUAGCUUUAUGUUACAAAAUGACAACUCUGUAAUUUUAAUUUUAGUUAACAAAAUUACAACUCUAUACAUAUUUUAGCUUCAUUUUACAAAAUGAUUAAUGUUAUUCUAGCUUCAAUUUACAAAAUGACACCACUUUAAUUCUUGCUUCAUUUUACUGAUUAAAAACUUUUAUUCUAGUCUCAUUUUACAAGAUGACAACUCCUAUCAUUAAGCUGCAUUUUACAAUAUGUCUGCUUUAAUUCUAGCUUAAUUUUACAAAAUUACACCAUUUAAGUUCUAGCUUCAUUUUACUGAUUUUCAUCUUUAAUUCUACCUUCAUUUUACAAAAUGACAACUCUGUAUAUUUGGCUGAAUGAUAACUCUUAUAUUCUACCUCUAUUUUACAGAAUGAUGAAUGUUAUUCUAGCUUCAUUUUACAAAAUGACACCACUUAAAUUUUUUCCUUCAUUUUUCUGAUUGACAACUUUAAUUCUAGCUUUAUGUUACAAACAAACAUUUUUACAAAAUGACAACUCUGUAAUAAAGCUGGAUUUUACAAUAUGGCUGCUUUUAUUCUAUUUCAUUUUACAAUUUACAAAUUACAACUCUAUAAUUAUUCUUGCUUAAUUUAUAAAAUGACAACACUUAUUCUAAUUUCAUUUUACAAAAAAACUAGCUUCAUUUUACAAAAUGACACAACUUCGACAACUUUUAUUCUAGCCUCAUUUUACAAAAUGACAACUCCUAUCAUUAAGCUGCAUUUUACAAUAUGCCUGCUUUAAUUUUACAAAAUGACACCAUUUUAAUUCUACUUCCAUUUUGCCGACUGACAUCUUUAAUUCUACAUUCAUUUAAAAAAAUGAUAACUCUAGUUUUAGCUUCAUUUGGCUGAAUGAUAACUCUUAUGUUAUACCUCUAUUUUACAAAAUGAUGAAUGUUAUUCUAGCUUCAUUUUAUAAAAUGACACAACUUAUAUUCUUGCCUUAGUUUAUGUAUUGACAACUUUAAUUCUAGCUUUAUUUUAUCAAAUGACAACUGACAACAACAAUUAAGCUGCACCUCACAAUAUGUCUGAUUUUAUUCUUGCUUCAUUUUACAAAAUGACAACACUAAUUUUAAUUUCAUUUAAUAAAAUGACAACUACUAUAAUUAAGCUCCAUUUUACAAUAGCCGCUUUAAUUUUACAAUAUGACACAACUUUAAUUCUUGCUUCAUUUUACUGAUAGACAAAUAAAUUCCAUAAUGGUAAUUUUAGGAAUUUACAACUCUGUUUAUAUAGCUUGUUUUACAAAAUGACAUUUCUCACAUUAUACCUAGAUUUUCGUAAUCACUUGUAAAUUCGUUAACACCGAUCAAAUAACAUACUCUAAGCUUGGUGGUCUACUGAAACGUGCCAUUGGCUGAGUUUUAGUGCCCCUUCCACAAAAGACAAAGUAGAAAGAAUAGAAUAGGUUAGAAUUUUACUAAAUGACAACACUGUAAUUCUUACUCUAUGAUACAAAAUGACAACUUUGUACUUCUAGUGUCAUUUCACAAAAUGACAACUCUUUAACUCUAGUUAAUUUUUUAUGACAUAAUAAGCAGAUACACUUGCUACCAAGAGUAUUGUCUGCCCAUAAUAGUGAAAAUAUUGAUCUAGGUGUUACGUACGUACCUUGCAAGACUCGAUAAUAUUGAACUGCGCAUGGAUGCAGGGUAACUACACCAUGGCUUAAUGUAAUGUAAAUGUAUCAUGAAAUGUUUGUACUCAUGUACUUGUAUGUUGUAAAUUAUUUCUCUACAUGUAAACACUAAAGUCAAAGUAUACUAUUUACCCCGAAAAUAGUUAUAAUAGCAGAAUUUCGUAUCAAAAAAUUGCAACAAAAUUAUAAAAAUCUGCAAUGAUAUGUUCAAUCUGAAUAGUAUUUUACAAUUCUUGUCAACUUCUUAC